GCCCCGCGACAGGGAGCGGGGCCAGCUCAGCCGCGGCGCCUCCCGCAGCUCCAGCCCCGGAGGCGGAGGAGGGGGCCACAGCACCAGCGCCAGCACCAGCCCCGCCACCACGCUGCAGAGGAAGUCAGAUGGGGAAAAUUCAAGAACCGUCAGGUCGUCCACGUGUCCCACUCUGCACCAGUACUGCUGUUCCGCUCAGUCGCUUCUCUACUCGCAACUAGCUUCCCCCGCCAGGCACACAGGCUGCAGCGUGGAAGGCGACCAGCCGGGAAGUGAGCCAGGCACUAUCGUGGACAACCUGGGCAGUCAGCCGCCGUACCGCUGCGCCCCCGAGGUGACCAAAAUCGAGCACUACGAUUUGGCGCCAUCCUUGUCGUCCUCCUCCAUAUGUCACACGCCGUCACCGGGGCUGCCGUGGGCCCAACGUGCACGGCUACAGCCAGCCAGCGUGGCUCUGAGGAAGCAGGAAGAGGAGGAAAGCAAGCGUUCCAAGGCAUUGUCGGACAGCUAUGAGCUCUCCACAGACCUUCAGGACAAAAAGGUGGAGAUGCUGGAGCGGAAAUAUGGGGGCUAUUUCCUAAGCCGGAGAGCGGCCCGCACCAUCCAAACGGCCUUCCGGCAGUAUCGCAUGAACAAGAAGUUUGAGCGCCUGCGCAGCUCGGCGUCCGAGAGCCGCAUGUCGCGGCGGAUCAUCCUGUCCAACAUGCGGAUGCAGUACUCCUUUGAGGAGUACGACAAGGCCCAGAACGCCCCUUACUUCGAAGGCAAGCCCGCCUCACUCGACGAGGGGACCAUGGCCAGCGCUCGCCCCCACCCGCUGGACCGGGGCUUACCCUACGGCGGCUCCUGCCGGGCCGGCUUGGACGGCAACUCUCUGCAUUCCUCUUCCGGAGGCUUCUGCAAUGAUAUCACGGAGCUGGAGGAUUCCUUCUCGAAGCAGGUAAAAUCUUUGGCAGAGUCCAUUGACGAAGCUCUGAAUUGCCACCCGCUGGGGCAAGAGGGAGGGCCGGGCGGCCCCUCUCUGGAGAAGAGCGAGUCCAAGGAGCAGCAGGGAGACAGCGCGGCCACUUCUUUCAGUGACGUGACGCUGUACCUGGACGAGGGGGGUCCCACGUCGCCCCUCUCGCUCGAGCGCCCGCCCAGUACCGAGCCCCCCGAGUCCGGCGGAGGAGGGCCCGUCCCGCCACCCCCUCGGCCGGAGUACUGGGGUGGGCCCCAGCGGGAGGAUAGCCGGGAGAACGGGGGCGGCAGCCGGCGCAGCACGCCUUGUAUGGAAUGCCGGGACUUCCGCCUGCGGGCCGCCCACCUCCCUUUGCUCACCAUCGAGCCGCCCAGCGACAGCUCGGUCGACCUCAGCGACCGCUCGGACCGGGGUUCUCUAAACCGGGGCCUCAUGUACGAGCAAGACGGCUGCAGCCCCCACGGCACCCUCAAGCACCCCGGUGGGCCCGCCCGUUCCCCGCACCCGCACCGGCAUUAUCACCCCGAGCCCAACCAGCCCCCCCCACCUCUGCCUCUGCCGCCCCCCCAGGCCCCCGGCCGCCUGCCCCCGCCCCCGCCGCCGGACAACUCGGACGGCGACAACGACAGCCUCAACAGCACCACCAACUCCAACGAGACCAUCAACUGCAGCUCGGGCUCCUCCUCGCGCGACAGCCUCCGGGACCCUCCCCCGCCAGCCACCGCCACCGCCUCGGCCCCCGGCGGGCCCUGCAAACAGACCUACCAGCGGGAGACGCGGCACAGCUGGGACUCGCCGGCCUUCAACAACGACAUCGUGCAGCGGCGCCAGUACCGGAUCGGCCUGAACCUCUUCAACAAGAAACCGGAGAAAGGGAUCCAGUACUUGAUCGAGCGAGGCUUCCUGUCGGACACGCCCGUCGGGGUGGCACGCUUCAUCCUGGAGCGGAAAGGACUCAGCCGGCAGAUGAUUGGCGAAUUUCUCGGCAACCGCCAAAAGCAGUUCAACCGGGACGUACUUGACUGUGUGGUCGACGAGAUGGACUUCUCCGGCAUGGACUUGGAUGAUGCUUUGCGGAAAUUCCAAUCCCAUAUCCGGGUCCAGGGGGAAGCUCAGAAGGUGGAGCGACUCAUAGAGGCCUUCAGCCAGCGCUACUGUGUCUGCAACGCUCCCUUGGUGCGUCAGUUCCGGAACCCGGAUACCAUCUUCAUCUUGGCUUUCGCCAUCAUCCUUCUGAACACCGACAUGUACAGCCCCAGCGUCAAGGCCGAGAGGAAGAUGAAGCUGGACGACUUCAUCAAGAACUUGCGAGGGGUGGAUAACGGAGAAGACAUCCCCCGCGACCUGUUAGUUGGGAUCUACCAGCGGAUUCAGAGCCGGGAGUUGCGCACCAACGAUGACCACGUCUCUCAGGUCCAAGCAGUCGAGCGGAUGAUUGUGGGCAAAAAGCCGGUCCUCUCACUGCCCCACAGGCGCCUGGUUUGCUGCUGCCAGCUCUACGAGGUCCCCGAUCCAAACAGGCCCCAGAGGCUUGGGCUGCACCAAAGGGAGGUCUUCCUCUUCAACGACCUGUUAGUGGUCACGAAGAUAUUCCAGAAGAAGAAGAUCCUCGUGACCUACAGUUUCCGUCAGAGCUUCCCCCUCGUCGAGAUGCAGUUGCAGCUCUUCCAGAAUUCCUAUUACCAAUUUGGGAUCAAGCUCCUCUCGGCCGUCCCCGGCGGUGAAAGGAAAGUCCUGAUCAUCUUCAACGCCCCCAGUCUUCAGGACCGGCUACGGUUUACCAGCGACUUGCGGGAAUCCAUUGCAGAGGUCCAAGAGAUGGAGAAGUAUCGGGUGGAAUCGGAGCUAGAAAAGCAGAAAGGGGUGAUGCGCCCCAACGCCUCUCCUUCCUCCGGGCCCAAGGACACGGUGAACGGGACGUUGACUCGGACCAGCCUGGAAGACGCCUACACCGUGGGGGAAGGCCUGAAACGCAGUGCUCUCAGCAGUUCCCUCCGCGAUCUCUCCGACGCUGGCAAGCGGGGCCGCCGUAACAGCGUGGGAUCGUUGGACAGCACCAUCGAAGGGUCUAUUAUUAGCAGCCCACGGCCCCACCAGAGAGGGCCUCCUCCUCCUCCUCCUGAGGAGUACAAGCCCCAGCCUCGACCCCCCUCCAACUCCUCAUCGUUCCUGGGCUCCCUCUUUGGCAGCAAGCGCGGGAAGGGGCCCUUCCAGACGCCCCCCAGCCAGGCCUCGGCCUCCUCGUCGUCUGCUUCGUCCUCCCACCACCACCUACCCCAGCACCACCCCCACCAUAGCCACCCUUCCCUGCCUGACGGGAGCCAGUCCAAGCUGCAGGCCCUCCAUGCUCAGUACUGCCACGGCCCGUCGGCCCAGCCCCCGCCGCCCUACCCCCAGCAGCCCCCGCCGCCACCCCAGCCGGCCCCGCCGCCGCCCCCUCUCGCACUGCCCUCCAACCCCUUGCCGCCUCAGGUGCAGCGCUUCCACUACUCCCAGCAGCCCCCGCUCUCAGCCCCGCCCCAGAAGCAAGCCGUCCCAGCCUUCCCCACCCCACAGCCCCACCACCACUACACCCUGGGCCGCCCCAGCCAGCAGAAACGUGCCCACCAGAUGGCCGCGGCCGCCUCCCAACACCCGCCUUUCCCCCACGGGCGCCAGCCCACCUCACCGUUGCCCCUCUAUAGCCCGGCCCCCCAGCACACCCUCGCCCACACCUAUCCACAACAGUUGCAUCAGCCGGGGCCCCCCGGGCAACACACCCUGCACAGGCCGCAGGCUCCAAAGCACUUUAUCUUCAGCCACCACCCCCCGCAGCUCCUGCAGCGACCCCCUCCGCCUUCUGGCAUGGGGCCAUACCCCGUGCACCACGGCCACCCUCCCCCACAGCACCACGGGCCACCCCCCAUGGUGCCGCCUCAUUCGCCCAUCCCCCCUCACCCCUCCUACCCUCCGCUUCCACCACCAUCACCUCACACGCCCCUCAGCCCCCACUCCCCCGCAGCCCCCACCUCCCCGCUGCCCCAGCACAUCCCCAUGCAUCAGGGGGGGCCCCAAGCCAUGCCUUCUCAAGGGCCCCCAAACCCCAAACAGAAACCAGUCAACAGAAUCAGCACCGUUGUGUGAGGAAGGAACAACACUGCGAUUGGGGGGGGGGGAAUAUAGUUUAUAAAUAUAUAAAUAAUAGAACUAGGGGACUCCCCCCGACCCCCCCUCCCAGUUGAUGCGGCAGGGCAGGGCUGGGGGGUCAGGAGGGUGUCUAGACUUUUAUGCGCAUUAUACCCCUUCCUCCUCCCCACACCACGUCCCAUCCCUCUUUUCUUAGGAUCAGGACUGAGAGGGGGCAUCUCUGGGAGCGGCUCCAAAAGGAAGACCUUCGGACCUGCGACGUCGGUCGUGACCUGAGGGGGGCGCCAGUGUCACGUUUGGGCUUUGACGUGUGGGGGGCCCCAACCCGCCUUUCUUCCAUUCUGGUCGGAAGAUGCGUAUGGACAGUGUUGCUGGGCAAA